UAGUUAAUCACACCCUUUUAGUGUCUCAUACAUUUGAUGAUUCCAUUGUCAUUUGGUGUGUCUAAAGAGUGUAAUUUGUGUUACACCUUUUAAAGGUAGGGAAAUUACAAAAUGAUGACACAAAAACAGUUUAGUAAAUUGUUUUUAAAAGGGUUAAUGGCCUUAGAUUCGAGCACCUGUGUCCUCCAUUUAAGAAAAUCCUCAAUUACCAAAAUGUUGUCAUUGGAGUUACCAUCAUUGGUGUAACUACUCCUGCUGGUGACACAAGGUUAUCAUAAUAGUACAACAUUAUUAAAAGGCAUUAAGCUACCAUAUUAGUUCAUGGGAAGAUGUACCCAAUACAUUUUUUUUUUAAAGGCCAUGUUCAAAUGCCAUUGCAUUUCAAGAACAACCCUUAUUGCCGGUAGGCCUAUAGACACAUUAGCUCAAUCUAUUUGUUUAAAAUAUUGCAGUGCUUUGUCUGGCAUUUUGGUUCCAUUCACCUGAAAGACAAAGGAAAUAGGACCAUUUUAGACAUUUCACAACAAUUUAGGCUGUUGCUUAAACGUUAACACAAUACCUGGAAACGAAUCAGCACAGCCAAGUGCUAUUGAUGAUAUGUAUACAAUUCCUGACCUCUACAUUGCUGAACUCUACAAUUCAUAUGGCUAAUCUCUACUUAAUAUUUGACUAAUACUGAUAUUUUGGUUCUUACCUUGACCUCUGUGGUUGAAGGAUGCCUCGCCUUGGCCUCUGUGAACACAGACAGCACCAGCAGGAUGAAGAGAGCACAGACCAGAGCUUCGUUAAUGUUGAAGAGGGUUGAGUCUCUGAACAGCAAAAGUGUAUCUGUGUUUAUUUCAGCUAGAAAAGGAAGGGUCUGAAAGGGGUGUGUGCACCAUGACUGCAUGGGCACAAGUACAGAGAUCUGUUUUACAGGCAUGAGCAGUGUAAAGUAACUUUAAUAGGGCCUACAAGUAAUUGUUUUGAUAUUUGGCACUAGUGGGUAUUUUUGUAUUCUUCAUUUUUUUCUCCAUAUAUGCCAAUAGCCUAUUUAAUGCAUUGUAUUGUUCUGUUUUGUAUAGCAUGCAUGGUAUGUGUUCUGAUGUAGGGCUAGGUGUGUGACAACUCUUGAAACAAAAGUAGACAAGUGUUUGGGUACAUCAUUCCAUUUAUAUCAAUGUUUUUGUCGAUGGAUGAUCACAAUGUAUCACUUUGGCUGGUUCUUCACGGUGUGAAGGAGGGUGUAUUUCAUUCUGGAACCAGCAACGAGCCAAUGAAAUGUCACGAUCCACGUUACCAAUGGCAACGAACUCCAAACAAUCCUCUAGAUGUAAAAGAAGAGCAAGCACAAUAUUCCAACCUACAGAAUCUAGAGUCAUUCACUUUCUGCUAGCCAUUUAUGCAUCCUAUCGACCCCAAGUUUUUUAUGAACGUAAGGAGAUGAGCUCACCACUUUCAAUGUUGAGGAAAAACCGAAGAGUGCCUCUUCCCGGGCCCAUGAACCAGCAAGGGAGAAGAGUGCCUUUCAAGGAAGAUCCAUUUUCAGAAUACGAAGCUACUCUGCUGAAUGAUGUAUCUGCUUUGAAUCACCCUGCGCCUCAGGCUCAAGCCACUGAUAGUGCCUGUCCUUCCAAAUCAAAAGCCAAACAAAGGAAAAGCAACAGUCGUUGUGCACCCCCUGGUGAUUUUGAGCUGAUGUCCUCUAUGAUGCAGAGGCUGACCCUGCUGGAGACCAAGGUGAAGACCCAAGCCCUGGACAUUGACCACAAGGAGAAAAUAAUUACAGCUCUGGAGGAGAAAAUUAAGCUUCUUCAGAAGUCAACAGAGAAAAACAGUGAUAGGAGCAGAGAGGAUGAUCUCAUAAAAACAUGCCACAGGCUUCAGGGCCAGGUAUCGGAGAUGGAGCGGUUUCUGAACGACUACGGCAUGAUCUGGGUGGGGAGCGGAGAGGAGCGUGACACAGCCAGUCAACAGGAAGUAGAGGAAGCUGAGCAGACCCAGAGCCCCGAGAGAGGGGUGUGGCAACCAGAGACCUCUGUGGCCGGGAGGAACUUCCAGAUAAACUUUGACCUGGUGCUCCAGAACAUCCAGCAGUUGAACAUCCUGGCUGGGGAGGGAGAGUCCUACGUCAGGGUCACGUCCAGAGGGGCACAGCUGGCCCAGCAGCACCUCAUUCCACUACGGCUCUACAGCAAUGGCAUCUUCAUGUUCAAUGGGCCCUUCCGCUCUUACCAGGAAGACAGCACACAGCAGUGCAUGCAAGACCUGAUGGACGGAUACUUCCCUUCUGAGCUACAGGACAGGUUUGCAGACGGGGUGCCCUUUCAGUGUGUUCACGACAGGCGAGAGGAGGAGUUCCAAGAGAGGCGACCGUGGGCGGAGUUCCCUGGGAAGGGGCAGGCUGUGGUUGGAUGCACAGAGGGGGAGAAAUCAACAGACAGCUUAGAACACGCCUACUGUACCGUCUCCCAGAUACCCGGCAGAAAACUGACAAUGGACCAAUUCCUGAACAGGCUGCCCAAGGUGGUGGUGAAGGCUGGUAGAGUGAUUGACAUCAGGGACUCCGUGAAAGCCAGUCUACAGGGCUCUUCUGAUGCUUCAAACAGCCAUGCUGUGACCCUCAUAGACACACCAGAGCUACAGGCUAUGAAAGAGAGGUUGGAGUUGCAUGAGACUGAUCCCCAUAACUCAGUCCGUGAUGUCACCACACUGAGGGUGAAGUCAGAGGAUGGCGAGCACACCUACAUCAUGAAGAUGCGUUUCUCAGAGACCAUAGGUCAUCUGCGCCAGUAUCUGGACAAGCACAGAUGGACAGAUGCCACAGCGUAUGAUAUCAUCAGUGCGUUCCCACAGCGCUGGUACAGUGAGGACUCUCAGACACUCCUCUCCUGUGGGCUCACUCCCAAUGCUGCUCUGCUGCUUAGGCCUAGGCCAGGCCCUCGUCAAUGACAGAGCAACAAAUCACCCUGUCACUCUCCUCAUGGUUAUAAAAUACUGUAUUUACUUUCAUAAGCAUGUAUAUUCAGAUCUGAUAGGGAUGUGACACUAGGGGGUGCCAACACUUACAGAACAAUCCUUUUCAUGAUCAUCAUGACAUGGGAAAAUCCUCAUUUCCAUAGGGACACUUGCAUAAUUAUUGAUGUAGAUAAUUCACCUUGAACCAUGACCGCUUAAAAAAAAAAGAAAGGUAGAGUUAAGCGAAAUAACAUUGCAUGAGCAAGAUGCAAAGACUCGCUCUCACACACACAGUAUUUGUACAUGGGCAUGGGUUCGCUUCAUACUCUUAGGGACCAAAACAGCAGAGACGUUUAGCCUGGCGCGCCAAUGAUCUUAGUUGUUGCGGAGAAUUGGCCCACUAUGCAUUUACGUCAUAUCGCUGACUCUACCUUUAAAAUGUAAGGAUUUGAAUCAAAGAAAAUUACAAGAUCAAAGCCAACUUAUUGAAAACAAACUUUAUUUCUAAAAUGUGUAAAUACAAUUAAGGAUAAAAAAAUAUAUUCAAUAUAAACAUUUACAUUUUUGAAAAAUAUUUGACAUAAGGCGAGUUUGUCUAACUUUGUUAAAGCUCAAAUGAGAACUCACAUUAGACUCAUCUAGACAAUGUUAGACAUCCAAAUGUCCCAACUUAGUGCCAUGAUGUUCGUCAACUGAAGGAAAGCAUUUGACGUGACGUUCCAUCAAUAAAUCAAACCACUGUUUUUUUUUGCUCUUCGAACACAAACAAACUAGAUGAAAGUUAGUGUUUAGUCAUGUCGCACAUUUCUGUUUGCAUGGCAAAAUACUGGCAUCCAUUAGUUAAGUUAUUAACUUGGAACCAAAACAUUUCUUGCUAUUAGAUGGAAAUAAAAUAAUAUUAUCAACACAGAUGGCAGAGACAUUUUGCUAGUACAGAUAUGGGCACCAAAGUGAACACAGUGUAUCAGGACAAAGUAGGCACAGGGACUCACCUGUUAAAUUACAGUAUGUUGCUCUGUAAGACAGACCCUUACCAACAAACCAGUACCACAAAUAGUGUUAAGGAGUGUGUAAAAUGGCUUCAGUCCUCAUUGCCAUGGACCGUUAUCCCCUAAACCUAGCUGUGACGGAGAUAUCUUCUUCUUAGAGGACAACCCACAAAGAAAUGUUUCAGGAAUGUAUUGAGUUGCUCUGUUGGCUUGAAACAUUAAAAUAAGUAAAGUUUUGAGAAAUAAAGCCACUAGCAAAUUUUA